UAAGUAAAUUGCGUCGUGCGUCACACCCGGUCACUAAAAAUGGCGUCUAAGCGUCCCUUUACCGAAGAGGAGUUUUCUUGUCCGGUGUGCCGCGAUGUCUUCACGCAUCCCGUAGUGCUUACCUGUGGGCACAGCUUCUGCAGAGGGUGUAUUGAGGAGUUCUGGAACUUUAACAAAACGAGAAGGUGUCCGGUUUGCCGACAAACUACAGAAAGAGAGCCAUCCCUUAACUUCACCCUCAGAAACCUGUGCCAGUCGUUUGUGAACCACAGAAGGUUUCUGGAGGAGCACUGUGAGGUUCACCAGCUGAGGAAGACUCUGGUUUGCUGUGAAGACGAGCAGCUGAUGUGCGAAGGCUGUAGAGACACCGAAAAACACAAAAACCACACAUACCGUUCAGUGCAAGAGGUCGCAAGGGAACGCAAGGAAGCUCUUCGAUCACAGCUUGAUUUAUUCACAAAUCAAAGGAAACAUUUGCAGGAUGCCAAAGCUGAGUUAAAUUACAAUUCUGACGACCUUUUGAAUAAGGCCAAUUUCAUUGCGAGAAUGAUCACGGAGCGAUUUAAACAUCUUCAUAAACUUCUCGAUGAAGAAAAAAAUCGCUUGCAUGAUGAACUCAAACUGGAAUUAGAAGAAAAGGACCAGAGGAUCGAAGAGAAGGUUCAGCAGAUGCAGAGCGACAUCGUUUCCUUGUCUAGCAAAAUCGUAAACUUCAGAACAGUUUUAGAAUGUGGAGACAUUGACAUUGUUAACAGAUUUAAAGAAACCGUCAGAAAAGUACCCCAGUGGCAGCCUCAGAAUACAGACUCAACAGAACUCAUCGACUCUGCCAAGUACAUUGGCAACAUUAAUUUCAAUGUUUGGAAGAAAAUGAGAAGCCUUGCUCAUUACAGUCCUGUGUUGCUCGACAGAAACACAGCAAACUCUAAACUUUGUAUCGAAAUUGAUCUGGAUGGUGUUAGGAUGAGACCAGAUUGGACGGAGGAAGAAAUUCAGAGAGAGCAGCUUCACAGAAACCCAGAGAGAUUCGAUCACUGUCCCUGUGUGUUGGGCUCUGUGGGAUUUACCACAGGGAUGCACAAAUGGGACGUUGAUGUCAAGGACAACACAUCUUGGAUGGUGGGUAUCGCCAUAGAGUCUGUCCAAAGAAAAGCUACCAGCGGCAUCCCGGCUGGAGUCUGGUGUAUCGGACGAGAAGGUCAAGUACUUAGCAUUACGGAUCCUCAGAAGUCCCAAGUCCCACUGUGUGGAUUUGAGAUGCCCAAAAUAUUGAGGGUGACUGUGAACUUGGAUGAAGGACGACUGUCGUUCUCCGAUAUUGAGUGUAAGACUGUUUAUCACACCUUCACACACAGUUUCACUGAGAAGGUCUUUCCUUUUUUCUGCACAGAAAGUUGUGACCCGUCUAUCACUAUACUGCCCGAACGCCAAUCUGAAGACCUCUAGAAAGUUCCAUUUCUAUGGAAGAUUGUUUCCGUCACAGAAUAAAAAGGUGAAAAUUG